CAUGCAGCACUCUCUCAGCAAAAUAAGGACAUUGUUUUUAUUUGGGCUCUUGGCCAUGCUGGUAUCCCAGGCAAUGUUCGAGCAGACCAGGCUGCCAAGGCUGCAUGUCAGUCCCCUGGUAAACUUCGAUCACUUAUUUCAUCAGACUACAAAUCUUUAUUUUCGGCCUACAUUCAGUCCUUAUGGCAAUGCCACUGGGACACUCUGGGCCUAAACUAAGAAUGCCUGAUCGAAAAAAGUGGCAACCAGUUGGUAUGAUCAUCGUAACGAAUGAAAAGGGACGGGAGUGAGACGUAAGGUGCGAUAUACUGGACAGCAGAUUAUGGAUUUUAUUAAGAGUAACCAAAAAGGUCGGUUAAACCAACCUCCGGAGAAGCAAAUAACCAGAUUUCUACAGACGGAAAGUGGUAUAAAGUUAUUCUUUCCUUUUUCAUUUUUGAGUAAUGAGAACAAGAUCUUAUGUGAGAUAAACUCAGUGUUUUUCAGAUACAUUCUUCAGUACAUGUUGUGGAGAAUGGGUCCAAGCAAAACUAGUUAUUCUGGUAGCAUUCAACAAUAAAUAGCUCUUGGGCCAAAUGAUCCUAAGAUUUGGCAUUAAAGAAACCAACAGCACAGCACAAUAAUAAAGCGUGAAUGACUGGAAUAACAAGCGUGAAAUAAAGCAAUUACAAAAUAGUGGUCCCAUGAUUUAAUUUUUUUCUAAUAUUGUUUUCCAUGUUAACUAACAUCAUUCACUAAAAUGCACCAUUGUUUUUAUCUUACAAGAACUUAUCAAUUUUGUAGUUUUAAUUAUACACUGUUAGUAACCAUUUUGUCUCAUUAAUUCAACCUGUACCUUUGCUUACUUUGCACUUUUGCAGUGUUAGUAGAUAUACCAGAUAUGACUGAAGACAGCAGCCACAAAAAGAGAAAGAUUUGUGAAGCUGAAGUGUGGCAGGAAAUACGAGAUGAAAUGGUUGAAAUUAGAAUAGAAAGUUUUAGUCCUGCAGGAAAUCAGCGUUCCUUUUGCAGUAGUGAAGUCAAAGAUAUUAUAUGGUGUCCGAACUUUGUUAGUCCUGCAGGAAAUCAGUGUUCCUUUUGCAAUAGUGAAGUCGAAGACAUUAUAUGGUGUCCUGAUUGUGGACCAAAUAGUCUCUACUGUAUGAACUGCGAUGAAAAUAUUCACUGUGUGGUGCAGUAUCACCAAUCUUUUAUCUGGAAAAAUGUAAGUACCGAAUGAAUGUCUUUGUAAGUAUACAUUUUUUUUUAUUAUUAACAUGCCUUGAGAUCUAAAGAUGGACGUUUCAAAUAAUAUUACAAUUAUAAAUCUUAGCGUCAUCAGUUCCCAUGGUAAGGCAAUCAGAAGGAUGAAUGCAUAUUUAUUAGUGCUAUCCUGCCCUGUAUACAUGUAGACCAGAGAAGGGGUCUAAUUGGUAGUAGCGCUCAUCCGGGUGGAUAGGAGCGAAAAAUUCGUAUGCACGGGAGCCCGGAGAAGCUCUCCGGUCUGGCUUCUCGCAUAUAAAGUUAUCGGUGGUUCCGCGGCUGUAUAACUCUCUACUCAUGAGGAAAAAUGGUGGCCUUCAUGGUGUUUCAGUUGCGACAACGCCGAUUGUUCAGGCGAAAUCGGGUGUUUCACGAUAGAACACACCGUUCAAAGUGUUCGAUGACAUGGGAACUGUAUAGAAAAUUUUGUUUCAGACGUGCAGACAUACUCUGACCGAUGAAGAGGCAUACGAUAUUGCUGUCACCAAUCGGCAAGGUGCCUUAACACCUUUGCUACAAGUGCUUGUAACACUCAGAUAAUUUGCGUCAUCCAGUUUUCAGGAUGUAUGCGGUAUCUGUAAGUCGGACUGUGUCCAGAGUCGCCGAUGCUUGGUUUCGGCGAGCGAGCAAUGAAAUUGCAUUGCCCUCUCAAGUCCACAUUGAUGUAAUGAAGAGACAUGUAAACGACACAUACGGAUUUCCCAAUGUUAUAGGAUUCAUUGACGGCACCCUUAUUCGGAUUCAGGCUCCAACUGAGCAAGAGCAUGAAUUUGUCUCGCGCAAGGGAUACCAUACCAUCAACGUCCAAGUGAUCUGUGAUGCUGACCUUAUAUUUAUGAACUGCAUCGCCAAAUAGCCAGGAAGUGUACAUGACUCCCGCAUCCUGCAUGAAAGUGACAUUUUUGAGUCAUUUGGAAAUAAUGCCAGAAGACCUCUAAAUGGCAUAGUCUUGGGGGACAGCAGAUACACGCAGAGGGAUUGGCUAUUCACUCCUCAUCCCAAUCCCGUGACACAAAAGAAAAGGAAUUAUAACUACUGCCACAGUUCUGCUUGUGUCACUGUGGAGAGGGCCACUGGUGUGUUGAAACGAUGCUGGCACUGUCUUAGACGACUUCGGCUGCAUCCAGUGAAAGCCUGUAAGGUAAUCACAGCAUGUGUGAUGUUACACAACUGUGCCAGACAGUUCAAGCUGGAUGUGCCAUGUGAUUCUGAAAGUGAAUCAGACUCUGAUUCCUCAGAAAAUGAAUCAGAUUCAGAAGAGGAGGAGCAGAGACUUGCUGCCAGGAGGAUAACUGAGAGGGGACGAGCUGCUGCUGGCAAAGAGGCUUGCUAGCGACUUAUCAAUAACUUUUUCUAAAGGUUUGACAGGUAUGUCUGAAUUGGUACCAACAAAGCAUUGACUCAAAAGAUUGACUGUGAAAAGACACAUUUCCCAUAAGGUGCCUAUAGACCGUGCCUGCUGAGCUGCACCUCGAUACCACGGGAUCGCUCAGUUGAACAGGAGUGGAGCAGGUGGCAGUACUCUACCGCAGAACAAGAGUGCCGCUAUUAUUUUGGAGAGCCAUUUCAUUUCUUUAUUGACAUGGUUUGUCGCAUGUCGCCUAAGCCUGAGCUUUAGUCCUAGAGGGGAGCUGUUGUGUCACUAAAGUCUGACGCAAUUGCAAUUUCGUUGACCUUUUUUUUUUUUGGGGGGGGGGGGGGGGAAAUGGAGAAAGACAGAGAGAGAACGGCCACCAGGGAGGAAGGUUGGGCGGUGUGAGAAAUUCCGUUGUGGAAACGGGGACAUAUUAGCUGUAAUUCCGUUGUGGAAAUAGGGACAUAUUAACUGUAAUUCUGUUGUGGAAACGGGGACAUAUUAACUGUAAUUCCGUUGUGGAAACGGAGACAUAUUAACUGUAAUUCUGUUGCAAGAACGGAACCGUCUUGAGUUGUGGGUACGUUUAGGUAACAUCCAUCUGUGAGGCAUCUGUUUUUUUUUUUUUUUUGGGGGGGGGGGGGGGGUGUUGUUUUUUAUUUUCAUUAAAUAUGUAUUUGUAGUGUUAUCUCGUGUGCGUGUCGUUUGUUGGGCACUGGGAGUGGCUGGAUUCGUCGCUACACGUGACAUGGUUCAUUGCCCUUUAAUGUACCUUAGGUGAGCUAAAACCACAAAUGACUGCCUUAUGCAAUGGGCUUUAGCGCUGCAGGACUACAACUUUUUGGUCCUCCCGAUCUUAGGUUCUAAGAAGCCUCUCUAUAUUUUGCAAAAACCGUGAGCCCUAAAUUUGCUCUGAAUUGUGUUACUACACCGAUGUUAUUUUGUUUAAUGUAUGUUGUGAGCCCAUGGCCAUUUAUGUACACUCAAGUGUUAUAAAGGCAUGGGCUAGAGUAGUGCUGUGUGGACAUUCUGCAAGGUAGCACCGUUGUGGUGUACCUGUGCUGUAACUGGGUUUGCCCAGCUAUCUCCACUCAGGUAUCCAAAACCUGCAGAACCCACAGGGUUGCUACACAGCUUAUAAUCUAUUAUUAUGUCUUUGUUUGUUAUGGGGGCGACCACCAGCUAUCUCCACUCAAGGUCAUGGGAGUGAACAGUGGUUAAUGGUCCAGGCUGGUUGCAGUUUUGUACCGGAAAAUUUAAAACUAGCUAUUUCUCUUGUUUUACUUUCAAGUUGAUUUUUGCUCAUAAAUAUGGUGCAAAGAAUACAAUGCCUUUAAUUCCACUCAUUUUUAGACAAAUAUGUGGCCAGUUUCUCCAUAUUUACGUCCCCUUUAUGUGCAAGAGAGCAAGUUUCAUGGUGGCCAUGCAUAU